ACAGAGGUGCGUCCUAGCUUCUAUAGGUGAAGCUGUCAGACAUCAGAUAUCCCUGCAAAACACACGAGUCAACCCGCCCCGUCAGACAACCAGCAAGACAUACUGUAUCAAACUCCCAAACCAACCAAGGUCUCGGUGGCUCGCCAUGGAUCAAACCAUCUCCACCAAGAGCCCUCCUCCUCCUCAUCCUCCUCCUCCUCAGAAGAGCCGCCGCUCCAAGAAGGGCUGCUACACAUGCCGCAUCAAGAAAGUCAAAUGCGACGAAGUCCGGCCCCGCUGCGAGCGCUGCGUCCGUCUAAGACGCCUCUGCGACUACGAGCCCAGGAUGAAGCACAACGACCUCCUGGCCAUCUCCAGGGGCUACAUAAUGGCCCUCGAGAGCUCCAAGUCACUGCCGACGUGGGCGCAGCGCGCAGCGUUGACGAGGGCUCUGGCUCUUCCUACUCGGCUUCCUGAGUUUCCGAGCAGUGCCAGCUCGCUGAAUCUCACCUCGGCCGAUCAUGAGGCGAUUCGGUAUUUUCGGACGACGUUUGCGCGGCUUCAUCAUACCAAGAAUCCGGAUUACUCGCUCUUUUCAAUCAUCUUCACCUUGGCACAGGAUGAGCCAAUGGUCAUGCACGCGUUGCUGGCUCUUGGAGGCCACGAGAUUGAAUUUCGGCGCAGUAGCACUUCAGAAGGAUCGGAUGGCUCAACUCAGCUGGUAGGACGAGAUGGUAAUAAAUGGACACCAGUUCAACACUAUUCGGCCGCUCUCGGCCUCUUGGCCGAUGCCAUCGGAAAUGCAGACGAUGGUCGGCAACUUGAGCUGGAUCCCAUCUGCGCAGUCUUGUAUCUGAUGCUGGUCUACGAACAAAAGUACGGAGACGGAACAUGCUCUGGUCUGUCAAACCACCUUGCCGGAGCGGCCUUGAUCGUAAGGCAUCGCUGCCAGCGCCUAUCAGAACAGAUAGCCAAGCGUGGAUGGCAAGGCACGCCAGUGCUGGCGAGGAUACAGCCGCAAAGCCAGUCAGAAGAGCCUGGCUUGUCGCUCUUCGUAAUCAGGCUCCUGGUCUGGAUCGCUCUCUGCGAUGCUACGGCCGCCAGCUUUGGGCUCGGCGGCCAGUUCAACAGCGAGCUGAAAGACAUCAUGGGGCCAGAAGAUGCUUCGUCCAUUUCGGGGUUUGAUGUGCUGCAUAGAUACUCAAACUCCUUAUACCGCUCAAUGUGGGGAGAUGCGUAUCCUCAAGUCGAACUGCUGGAUGACGUUGAGAAUCGGGACAUUUUCGCCUUUCUAUGCGCAUCCAUGCAGCUUCGAAGCAUGGUGGCUAAUCUGGCGAAGCUUGGCGCAGACGAGCUCAAGCUCCGUUUACCAGCUGUUGAGGCAGCCUUUAGACAGGUUGAUUUGCGAUAUGGAGAGUUGCUCGAGGUGGCGUCCGACCUGUCUCUAUCGACCGAUAACUCACAUCGUCUGGUGGCCAAUAUCCGUGCUUUCAUCCCGAUAUAUCACGCUGCAAAGCUCGAACUGACGCGCGUGCUGCGGAGAAAUGGGACAACUGCAAAGAUGGAAAUUGUACCAGAGGCUCAUAUAGCAGCCAUUGUCGACUUGGCCAUUCAGGCUGAUAAGCACCAGGGAGUCGAAGGCACCAUUAGACGUGGUUCAUCAACGCUGGAUCCUCAGCCGGUUCCAAGCGAUGAGCAGCUAUAG